AUGUUACCGAUGGGGCUCACCACUACAACACUUGUUUCAUCUGGGGUCCGUGGGGGACCCGUCUUACCGUGGUACGCUUACUCCCUAGAGUUGCAGUCCAAGUGCAAUUCAACGGACUCCGUCUGGCCACAGCACGGGAGACCCAUUGAUCAUGCUCUCUCAGAACAAACGGCAAGAUCAUCCGGUAGAUGCGAUAGCAGUGCCGAUUUUAUAGUGGACGACGAAGGUUUUCUCGAUGGGCCCAGUGACUCUGCCUGCGGUAUGGAUGCGAGCGACGCUCUCACCUUGCGCUCCGAGUCACAUCAACAUAUAUCCAACCAAGCGAAUUCUCGUGCUCUGUGGAUCAAACAUCUUGCUUCGUCGGAUCGCACGCGACAAGAUUCCGUUUCGAGAAAUGGCAGCGUCGUGUUUGGCAGUCCUGAUGUGCCGCGAUUGUGGAAUUCGAUUAACCCGAAUCUGGACUCUUCGUCGCACACCGAGCUUUCCGAGACUGAGUCAACACAGCGCCCACCUCUUGGCGGUUCGGAAUGCUCACAUCCACCAACUGACACUCAACGCGCCUCGACAAUGUGGCCCGAAGACACCAAGGCAGCUGGUGAUGUGGAUGAGGAUGAGUUGGAAGUGGCUGACUUGUUGCAUUUGAUUGGGAGUUCUCUUGAUCGUUUCAAUGCCAUUCUUCAUCCAAGCGAGCUUUCUGCAACAGAUUCACGUAGCAUUGGCGAGCCGUUUUCAGACCGUAUUACUGACCCGACUUCUAGUGAUUACGGAUCAUUUGAGCCGUCUGUCGACAAGCCAACGCACUUCGGUAAUCUAAACGAAGCCUCAGAUAAGCACCAGUUGUUUCGCCCGCAAUUGUCCACAUCGUGUCCGGAUGAGACAGCGCUUCGAUCCCUGCCCCGAUUGCCUAGCUUCAAUUUGUUUGCCGGUGAAUCCUUCUCCAACUUGGAGCCUCCACCGGUUCACUGUAUGCAACCUCACUCAUCUGACACCCUGACCGAGCCCGGAAAAACGAUCACUCCUUCUUGUUUCCCUGCAUGGCCAACCGGUGGAUCAGGGGACCAACAACAUCGAGCCGGCUCCAUCUCGCACUCACCGUUCGGUUCGGCAUGCGCGCCUCCAAAACAGGCGGGCACAAGUGACGUCCAACACACACUGACUUUGCAAGCGGCUGGUGUCGAAAAUGUAGCUUCUAACAGCAUUGGAUGCUCGGUGGAUGCAAACCAAUCGUGCAUGCUCCUGGGCUCUUCCGAUCCGAGAAGUGCGUCCUAUCUACUCCAUUCAGUCAAGUUCGCUCCUUUUGGCGGGCGAACCAGACAAUCACUUAGUUGCAGUCAGCCAACAGGGGACAACCUGUACAGUUUGGACGCGAUCUUGAGUGGGGUUGAUUUGCUCAGUCUGAACAGAAGUCCGAAUCAAUCUGUUGGCGGUAGUAAACGGCGCACAUCCAGCGAUCCGAAAACCUCGUCCACUUCACAACUAGAGCAACUUAUCGGACCCACUGCGCCUCCUGGAUUAAAUGCUGGCCACGGUUACACCUGGUCUCGUGAGUGCAACACAUACGCAGCCAAUCCUGUCAAAUUACAGUCUGUUCUUCGCGGCGGUCGAAAGAGCGUGCUAUCCGCUUGCUUCUCGUCGGAACACAACACUUUAGAUGGACCGACGAUCGGCGCAGAACAGACCUUUUCGUCACAGUCGGAUCCACUCUCUAGUCCUCAUUCAAACCGUGGGCUAUUUUCAGCCGGAAGCUUUCCUGACUCCUCGACUUUCGGUGUCGCCUUCUCCCCAAAUUCGCCCCUUCCCUACCCAUUCACUUCGGCCGUUCCGUUUGUAGCAACCGAACCACCACCUCGAAUGCCGGUCGUGUUGGAUGCUCCAUCGGCUGUCGAUGCACAGAAUCGCGGGGUCUAUCUGGGCACCUCGAAACCGAUGUACACUCAAGUCAAACCAACCCCGCGCUUUGAAAACCACUCCCGCCCAUUUAUCCACCAUGGGUUACCUAACGUAGCUCAAACCCCCAUUCCUCUCUCUGCUUCAAUCGGUGAAGCGACCAUUCAGCGGCAAUCUCCAUCCGGAGCUUCAUCUUCCGGUUCAAAUGUCAGUCGGGCUCUACAGAGCAUGUUAUCACCGGAUAGCAGCAGUGCCCCAAAACCUGUGUUGGCCAAAUGGCGUCGCGCAUGCAGCUUCUACUUGCGUGGCUACUGCAAAAAAGAGGAUUGCGAAUUUGCACAUGACCUGACCAAAGUCACCUGCAAAUUUUGGGAAAUGGGCGAAUGCUUCAAGGGUUCCACUUGUCCGUUCCUACACGGUUACCCACCUGAAAUUGCCCCGUCCGAUACACCGGCUUGCUAA